UACAGGCGGGGUAUAAGAGAAUUUGGCUCCGCCCACAGGGGGAUAAGGGAUUUGUCCAACGGCAAACAACCAAUGGGAUUAAAUAAUUUUACAUGAAGGCGAGAUAAUUGUUUUUGUUGCUUAAUUUACCGUAUUUGGCUAUGAAGCAAGUGAUUGUUUAUAUACAACAGUGCACCCCACCCACCCCACCGCAUACCCGCCCACUCACAUUCACGAACAGACCGUUUACAAUGGCGAUGCCUUGAGUACCCCCCCCCCCCCCCACACACACACACCGAUGAGGACUGCACACACGUUGACAUGCAAUGUUAAGUAUAACAUCGCCAACCCCACAAAUUCUUGACAUUUUAAUUAUUUUUGUGGAUUUUUUCUUUUUGAAAAAAAUGUGUUUGUUUCUUGUUGGGGGGGGGGGGGGCGGGGGUUCUUGUAUAACGUGUGUUAUAACGUUUCUUUUCUGAAACAAUAUGAAAUCGUAUGUCUAUCGCGAAAAGCAAUUAUCAGUAAAAACAAAUGAGUUCAAUAACGUCGGAAAUAAAGUCGGAUCUCUGGUGAAAUUGAUUUAUUGACACAUUCGCAACAUGUGUGAAUCUAGUGGUAUUUCCGGAAUUGUAGUGUAAAACAGAUCCGUCGCCAAACCCAUAACACAUGUUAGCGGCUAACCGUUAUCUACAGAUAGGAAUAUAGGGCUUAUGCAUGCAUACGUGUCCUAGAAACGAUCCAUGAAUACUGAUUAGUAAAAAGACAGCAAAAGAACGGGAACAUGGAAGGCAAAAAAAUUACAUUGCCGCGUCAAAUGUCGUUUAGCAAUAGAAACUCCAUCAUGGGCUUAGGCCACUGGAAACGACUUCUUUGUUUGGUGAUACUUUUCACUACUGGACUGGUCUGUGGCCAUUUCAUCCACACAGCGUUUAUACCAAGGAGAGAGGUCAUCGUUCCCCAUAACGUAGCUGUAGACAAACCCGUCGCCGACAGACGACCACGACAUGAAGCAGGGUCGUCCAUAAUGGGAAGACCUGGACUGGGCAUCAAGAAAGACUUGAGUAUUCAGUUUAGAGACUACAUUCCAAGAUUAAUCUUCAUCAACUGUGGCGGGACACUACCCAGGUCCGUGAAACUAUUCUUAGAUACGUAUCCCAAUUCGCAUCAGUUCGUCAUCUUCUCAUUCAUCAGCGACGAGGUUUUGUCUCCUCUCUACGAGCAGUUCCCGAAUCACAAACUGUUUGCACCGCUUGCGUGUGCCGCGACUAAUGGAACCGUGUCGGUCAAGAUGAGAAAGUUUGCUAGUAACGUUACUACAAAUGUGACAGUCCCAACUUUUGACAUCGCCCUGUGGAUAAAAGAAUCCUCUCAUCCAGAUGAACACAUCAUCUUAAAGAUAGACGCCGAGCCUAAUGUAGAAAAGGCCAUUGUUGCGAGAAUCGUGGAAACCGGAGCUCUAGAAUGGAUUGAUCAGUUUUAUACGACAUCGACGCGAGAGGAUGUUGUAGAGUUCAACAAAAAAGAAUUCAGUAAACGAUCCCAGGACGUGUUACUUUGGGAUGACAAUGGGACUUAUUCCGACUUUUUAAAACAAAAUCCAUCUAAGAAUCUUCCUCUGAGAAAAAAUGUAAUCAAAGCAUGUGGUAACUCUACCAAAGGGUAUCAUUCGAUUUUCCUCUACGCAUCAAAGAUAUCUCGUAACCUGAAUAUUUCAUUGAUUCUUUUAACGGAACUUCGGAAAACCUUUCCAAGUAAGUUGCCCAUGGGUUUGUUUCUUCCCUAUGAUUUCGUGUUAUCUUAUCGAGAAAGACUAGAAUCCAUGUUCAGUAUUGUAGACAUUGGAGCUUACGUUGACAACGUUUAUCCACUUGGGGAAAAUCUAACGGACAGUGUGCACUAUUUACAAAUAAGGAACGUGCUGGUUGCUAUGGAAAAUAGAUUCAUGGACGCGAAUGGCCUACUUGAAAAUGUUCUUGCUGGCAAUGGCAUGGAUGAAACGCUCUUGGCUAAACUGAUUUCAGACCGGAAUUGUAACGUAUUUGUGAAGACUGUUGAUAUUACAAAUAUGAGGCUGAUGAAUUUUGAACAGAUGCCGAAACUGCCAACACGCUCGGACCUACAAAUUCUGAGUAUUGAUAUCAGUGAACCAAACACUGAGCUAUUGGUUCUGUAUUUAUUCAAACAGUUUGGGUAUAAAAUUCUACCUUUGGCUGACUGCCUGAAAUAAAUAUUAAAACACAAGCAAUUGGUUAGUUGUAUUUAUUCACACAGUUAAGUAUACAAAUUCAAUUCAUCGCGUAUAUAUCCUUUGGAAUAUGGAAAUAGUACAUGUAUAAAUCAUUGACUUUUUGUCAAAGAAAGCAUGAUAAAUUUAUCAUAUCUACAUCAAUAAGAAAGCUUGAACUGCUUUAACUCUUUGACAUAUACAAAAAAACAAGAGAUAAAGUUUGUUUUGUUUAACGAAAGCACUUAGAGUACAUUGAUUUAUUAAUCAACGGCUAUUGGAUGUCAAACAUUUGGUAAUUUUGACAAAUAGUAUUAGAGAGGAAACCCGCAGACAGGAUAGCAAAUGCCACUGCGUUUGAUAUACCAGUCGUGUAACGAGAAAUGGCCCAAUGGGUCCACCGAUGGGGAUCAAUCGCAGACAAGACUUCACAUCAGCCGAGCGCUUUGAAUACCGUCCCGCCCAUACAUUAAUAAGAAACGUGUUCACUACUUCAUAUUUUAAAUACGUUUGCAGUUUUAAUUGGUUCACGACCCUCAAUUUUCUUUUUAUUGUCGUCUGUAUAGUUGAUAAAUUGCAAAAUGACUAAUUCAAAUAUCAAAGGUAUAGAAACGUCUAGAGCGGACCAGCGUAAACCCGGCACGUUUAAUGUUGAGAUGGGGGGUAAAAAAAAAAAGCUAGCUGGGUAAUGUUAAGUAUCUGGCACAUUUUGGGGGUAAAUAGCAAGCUCGUGGAAAUGGGUCGAGGGGCGAGGGUAGUCGGCUACAUAGUUUAUAAAACAUGUUAUAAUUGCUAUCACAUAUCUCACAAACAGGAGGUAUUGCCGUAUUCACUCAGACGCUAUUUUGUGUAGUGUUACGGUUCUAAUUAAUGGGGGACGGGAUGUAGCCUAAUGGUAAAGCGUUCGCUGGAUGCGCGGUCAGUCUAGGAUCGAUCCCCAUCGGUGGACCCACUGGGCUAUUUCUCGUUCCAGCCAGUGCUCCACAACUCGUGUA